AUGGCGAUCAACAUGCAAGCAUCACGCUCUGUUCUAUCUCUCCCUCCUCAACUCAAUCAGAGACUGGCUGUGACUUCAACCGCGAGCAAAAGGUCUUCCUUAAUUUCAAGCUAUGGGAGAUGGAAUGUGUCUUUUAGCCCGAAGUCACGCCCAAUGCGCCUUACAGUUACCUGUGCUGCUAAACCACAGACAGUGGAAAAAGUGAGUCAGAUAGUGAAGAAGCAGCUGGCUUUAUCAGAUGACUCUAAUGUCACUGGCGAAUCAAAAUUUGCAGCUCUUGGAGCUGAUUCGCUUGACACGGUUGAGAUUGUGAUGGGACUCGAGGAAGAGUUUGGCAUCAGCGUUGAAGAGGAUAGUGCACAGAGCAUCACAACAGUUCAAGAAGCUGCAGAUCUUAUCGAGGAUAUCCUGAGUAAACAGAGUCCUUAG